AUGGACUUGUACGUGGGGUGGGUUUUGGACCAACCCCAUCAGGAAGAAGUGGGUCCAACCUUUCAUGCUAUACAUCGACUCCACCAUCGUUAAGCGAAACAACCCAUCGGAUUAUUGAAUUGGAAACUUCGCUUGGAUCUAUGAUGGACCAACUUUCCCAUUCAGAGGAGAGGCAUCAGGAGCAACUCGCCAAAUUAGAUGCGCGGCAUAAGGAGCAACUCAUUGAAGCAGAUGCGCAGCAUAAGGAGCAACUCGCCAAAGCACUAGCCCAAUCAGAUGCAAAGCAUAAAGAGCAAAUGGCAGAAAUGAUGUUGCACAUGAGAGACAUGUUAGCCCAACUUAGUCCACUUCUGCAUUCUUCACUACCUUCUCAGUGCCAAAAUGGACAUACACUGUGUUCUACCUAUAAAACAAGGGUACAAAACUUAUGCCCCACUUGCAGACAAGAGCUUGGAGAUGGGAAGGCACCCCAAGAAGCAUCCGGGAUAGCCAUAGGAAGGUUAGGGACAAUCAUGUGCAUACCCAAUGUUUGCAGUUGAGGUAUCUCAAAA